AGCUCGAUUUUCUUGCCGCAAAACCGCGGGGACAAACAGCGAUUUCCAUGCGUGGAAUCUUAUGGAUAGGCUGGUUUUGUAUUGUUGAGUUUGGGGUUUUACUUUUUAUGGAGUUUGAUGACGUGGCCAUACUAUUUUUCUAUGCAAUGAAAUAAAGGAAAAAAAAAAAGAACAAAGAAAAGACAGAAAAACUUCAUUUACGAACAACGUAUCCGACCCUGAAAGAAAUUCUUCCGCCCAAUUCUUGUUCUCGUAUCUCGUUUGAAUCCUCUGGAUGAUUUUUGAUCUCUCUAGUUCAUUUAUGGUCGUGUUGAUGAUGAAUUGAUUUUUUUUUUCUUUUGUGAAUCUCUUGAUUCCACGAUUGGCUAUUAUUCUCCAAAUCUUAGGUUCGGCUUGAAAUUGUGUGGGGAAUCUGGGUUUUAAUGAGUAUGUUACAGUUGAUCGGAGGUUUUCUUUGUUGAUUUUGGAGGAAUUUUUGUUUUUAUAUUUUGUUCUUGGCAUUUUGCUAUUGUGGUUUUGUUUUUCUUCAUUUUUAAUGGUUUUCAAUGACCAACGGAGACGGUGAUUGUAAGGGUUUAUCGGAAGUUGCCACUUCCGAUCCGUUGGAUUCGUCGUCACCCUGGGGUAUUCAGAAUGUCGAUGGUAGCUCUAUUGGUUCACCGGCUUCUUCCAGGUAUUCGUCCUGCGGAGAAUCCGAGUUCGAGAGGUAUUGCAGCGCGAAUUCGGCAAUGGGAACGCCAAGUAUGCGUAGCACAAUUACAGUUUUUAACGACUGCACCGAUUCCGAAUUUGGGUAUGGGAGGAACUUUGGCUUCAGUGAUGAUGGUGGCCUGGAGAACUUCAGUUUGGGAGGGAGUGAGAGGAAUUCGCUGGAUACGAAUGUAGUAGACUAUAGAAAGAUAGAACUGCGCGAUGAAGCUACUAGUGAAGAGCCGAGUACGAAAUAUAGGUCCAAUGGGUUGGAUUUGUAUGGAGCGGAUGAGCUUAUUGAUUCACUUGAAGCUAAUGGCGAAGUUUUGUGUUGGAAGGUGGAGAGCUCAUCGGGUUUAUUAUGCGGCGUCGAUAUGACAAACCGAUUGGAGAAGGGCGAGGGCAGCAAAAAUGGAAAAGAAGGCUUCAUUAUGAAGAAAGAAGUCUGUGAAUUGGGAACGGAGGUGGAUGCUGUUCUUGGAGAAGUAACCAACGAAGCAGUUCAUGCUGGCUGUUUAGAAGGAUGUACGGUUGAGAAUGACAUGAAAUCAGGGCAAAGGUUUGAAGAACCUCUUCUACCUUGCAUGGUUGAGAACGAGUCUGACGGUGAGUUGGAAAUGGAAGAUGAUAGGUCCGAGAAUGAGUACUCAGGGAGUGAGGAUUCAAUAUAUAAUUUCAUGCACAAUAAUGCACGCGUUAUGUCAGAACCUAACUUGACGAAUGAAAAUCCAUUGCUUAUCAAUUCAUCUGUAGCUUUUGGUUCCGAUGAUUGGAAUGAUUUUGAGUGUGAAACUAAGGGAUUAUCUCUGAAAUCCUCGACUGAGGACUCAAUCCAGGAAAGGAAACAGCACAAUCUGAAUUCCUUUGCUCUGAUUUUGAAUGGUAAUCCCAUUGGUAACGGAAUGAUGAGAACAGACGGGACACAGAUGCUCUUAGACUGCCAAAAAGAUCGGGCAAGCACAAAUUUUCCAAAAAAAGUCAACAGUAGUCUUGGGGAUUGUGCCACUGUUCCAACUAUUGAAAGACCAAAGGAAAUGAUUCAAGUACGGGACAUUCCCAUGUGCAAAGUCCAGUCUUUUGAGGAUUUGGAGGACAUUGCAAACAGUACAUUUUUAACUGAAGCUGAUUCCUCAUAUGGUGUUGAGUUAGAUCGAGACACGAAGGAUAUAUUUGUUGUUAAUAAUCAAGCAGGAGAUGCUAAUGAAACUGCAUAUAAUAGUGAAUGUCUUGUUAGUAAUAUUACUGAAAUUGGUACAGGAGCAGAGAAAUUUACAUUGAAGCCGCAGAUGUGUGCAGUGGAUGGUAACUCCGUAGAGCAACCUCGUACUCCAGAGACCGAGGAUAACAGUGGAACUGUAAACCAAGGCUUAGAUAGCCAAGGACUAGGAAAUGUGAUAGCAAAAGUGGACCCUCUUGGUGAUAUUUUAACCAAUCGACUUUCUACUCAUGGUAGUGACUGUUGUGAGGACAUGUCACAUUCUACUUGCAUACCUGAAUCAAAAGGUCAUCUUUUGCCAGUUGAGUUAGCAAAACUUGAGCUAAAUGAUUUCUAUGAUGAAGUGGUUAAUGAAAUGGAGGAAAUACUGCUUGAAUCUUCUGAUUCUCCAAGGGCUAGAUUUACUAAUAGAUAUAAGUUGUCUCAAUCUAUACCAUCUUUACCAUUAAGAGAUGGAGGAUCAACUGCAUCUAUUUCAGGCAUUAACUGUUCUGAUCCAAAUAACCCUGAAAACUUGAAAAUUGAUGGGGUUGAAGUGAUAGGGGCUAGACAAAAGAGAGGGGAUGUAUCAUUUAGUGAAAGACUGGUUGGGGUGAAGGAGUACACUGUAUACAAAAUUAGGGUAUGGAGUGGCAAGAAACAGUGGGAGGUUGAACGCCGCUACCGAGAUUUCUAUUCUCUAUAUUGUCAAUUGAAAUCAUCAUUUGCUGAUCGUGGCUGGAGUUUACCUUCUCCCUGGUCCUCGGUUGAUAAUAGAUCAAGAAAGUUAUUUGGCAGUGCAUCUCCAGAUAUUGUUGCUGAAAGAAGCGUUUUAAUUCAAGAGUGUUUAUGUUCUAUUCUUGAAUCAAGAUUUUCACCAACAAAUCCAAGUCCGUUAGUUUGGUUUUUGUCCUCUCAAGAAUCGAACUCCAGUUCUCCUACAUCAGAUACUGUAGUACCUCAUUCAAAUGCCAAUUCAAGUGCAUCUGACUCACAAAAAUUGUCCUCUUUGGGGAAUUCCAUAUCACUAAUUGUUGAAAUUCGACCAUACAAAUCUACAAAGCAAAUACUGGAGCUGCAGCAUUAUACAUGUGCUGGAUGUUACAGACAAUUUGAUGAUCAGAAAACUUUGAUGAAAGGCUUUGUACAGAGUUUUGGAUGGGGCAAACCACGACUCUGUGAUUACACCUCUCAGAUGUUUUGUUCUUCAUGCCAUACAAAUGAGAUGGCAGUCAUACCAGCAAGAGUUUUACAUCAUUGGGACUUCACUCUCUACCCAGUUUCUCAGUUAGCUAAGUCGUACUUGGAUUCGAUACAUGAUCAGCCCAUGCUUUGUGUCAGUGCGGUUAAUCCUUCUCUCUUCUCAAAGGUCCCAGCUUUGCUUCAUGUUAUGGGUGUGAGGAAAAAAAUAGGAGAUAUGAUUUCAUACGUUCGCUGCCCAUUUCGUAGGUCAAUUAACAGAGGACUUGGAUUUCGUAGAUAUCUUGUCGAAAGCAGUGACUUUUUUGCUCUUAGAGAUCUCGUUGAUCUUUCAAAAGGGGCGUUUGCAGUAUUACCUACAAUCCUGGAGACCGUCUCAAGGAAAAUCUUGGAGCACAUAGAGGAGAAAUGCCUUGUGUGUUGUGAUGCCGGUGUUUCAUGUGGUGCACGACAAGCCUGUAGUGCUCCAUUGUCUCUCAUUUUUCCUUUUCAGGAAACUGAGAUGGAGAGAUGUCCAUCAUGUGAAUCUCUAUUCCACAAACCUUGUUUUGCAAAGCUCACCAAGUGCCACUGUGGAUCGCGCCUUAGAGCUGAUGAAACCGGAAGGCUCUCGAGAAAGGUAAGCCAUGGAUUAGGGACGGAUUCGGAUGGUGAGGAAAAUGGAGCUGUGUACUCAUUUCUGGGAAAAUCAACUUCCAUUUCGCCUUUGAGAUCUCUAUCAGGCCUAUUUGUAAAAUCAAUUCAUACAACAAAAGAACAUAAAGACAGUGAAAAUAUCAUCUUGAUGGGCUCUCUGCCCACCGGGUCCCUUUGAACGCCUAUUUUUGUGUGUAAGUUACCAUUUUUUCAAUCAUUCCAAAGCCCAUUUGCCAAUCUGUUGGAGAUGUGUUAUUAAUAAACAUGUUUGCUAAUCAAUGAGAUGUAUAUUUUAAUAAUUUUCGCCA